UUGCAACUCUCUUAUCUAUCUCUCGUUACAUCGGCUCGACGUCUCUCUACGCAUCUCUCCUCUCACCUCGUCUCCCCAACCUCCCCUCUCCCACACCCACGCCAUGCCAAUCCUCGGUCUCAAGUCCAAGGGCCCCACCACGCCGGCGCACUUCGCCCUCGAGCCGCUCAUCCGGCCCAACAUCCUCUCGCUGGUGCCGUACCGCGCCGCCCGCGACGACUACAGCGACGGCGUGCUCCUCGACGCCAAUGAGAACGCGUACGGCCCGUCCCUCGCGGCCGACUUUGGCAAGCUCGCCUCGACCGACGCGGGGGCCGCGACGCUCAACCUCCUCAGCGAGGCCGAGCGCGCCGUGCUCAACCGUUACCCGUCGCCGACGCACGACGACCUCAAGCGCCGCAUCGCCGCCCUGCGCAACCUCCCUAACGAGGACUGGGUCUUCCUCGGCGUCGGAAGCGACGAGGUCAUCGACAUGCUCUACCGCGUCCUCUGUGUCCCUGGCAAGGACGCCGCCAUCACCACCCCGCCCACGUACGGCAUGUACGCCGUCUCCGCGCAGAUCAACGACGUUGGGGUUGUGAAGGUGCCGCUUGUGCUUGAGGAUGGAGCCUUCCAGCUCGACGAGGAGAAGCUCGACGCCGCAUUCAAGGCCACCCCCAACGCCAAGCUCCUCUUCAUCUGCUCGCCCGGCAACCCGACCGGCACCCUCAUCCCCCUCGACGCGAUCAAGCGCAUCGCCUCCAACCCCAACUUCAAGGGUGUCAUUGUCGUCGACGAGGCCUACAUCGACUUUGCGCCCGAGGGCACCUCGGCCGUUACUCUCGUCAAGGAGUACGCCAACAUUGCCGUCUCGCAGACUCUGUCCAAGUCGUUUGGCCUUGCUGCCAUCCGCCUCGGCUACCUCCUCGCGUCGCCCGAGCUCAUCCAGAUCCUCACCAAUGCCAAGGCGCCGUACAACGUGUCGCUGCCUACCGCGUCGCUCGCGCUCGCGUCGGUGUCGGAGUCCGGACUCGCCGUGAUGCAGAAGAACACUGCGACGCUCGUGGCCAACCGCACCGCGCUCAUCGACGGCCUGCUCAAGAUCCCCGCCAUCGGAAGGGUGCCAGGCGGCAACCACGCCAACUUUGUCCUUGCCGAGGUGCUCGACAAGCCCGGCGGAAAGCCCGACAACGCGCGCGCCAACGCCAUCUACAAGGAGAUGGCUGAGAACCGCGGCGUUGUUGUGAGGUUUAGGGGCAACGAGCCAGGCUGCCUCGCCUGCCUGCGUAUCACUGUCGGCACCGAGGAGGAGAAUGCCACGGCGUUGGCGCGGUUGUCCGAGUUGCUCCAGUGAGAAGAAGGCCGGGGCAAGCUGGGGCGAGGGUGUGAGCCCGAGCGGUGGCGGGUGGCGUCGUGUCGAGCUGCAGAAACAAUGCAGCUGGCGUCUUGUAUCCCCCCACCGCGAUCGUAGACAAUGAUAAAAUGGGCAGUUCGGUGCCCGGGUAGCCUUUGCAAUGCAUAUGUUUGGGACAGAAAGA